AUGGGAGACGCCAGUGCCAUCAACACCACCCGCGUGGCCUUCACCGCACAGUCGGCCACCGAGCUCAUCGGCAACACACCCCUCGUGCGCCUCAACAAGAUUCCCCAGAGCCUGGGCAUCGAGGCCGAGGUCUACGCAAAGGUCGAGCUCUUCAAUGCCGGCGGCAGUGUCAAGGACAGAAUCGCCCUGCGCAUGAUCGAGGAGGCAGAGCGAAGUGGCCGUAUUAAGCCCGGCGAUACCCUCAUUGAGCCCACCAGCGGAAACACUGGUAUCGGUCUGGCCCUCGUCGGCGCCAUCAAGGGCUACAAGACAAUCAUCACUCUCCCCGAAAAGAUGUCUGCCGAAAAGGUCUCCGUCCUCCGCGCCCUCGGCGCCACCAUCAUCCGCACCCCGACCCAGGCCGCCUGGGACAGCCCCGAGUCGCACAUUGGCGUCGCCCGCCGCCUCGAAAAGGAGAUCCCCAACGCCCACAUCCUCGACCAGUACGGCAACCUCGACAACCCGCUCGCCCACGAGUUCGGCACCGCCGAGGAGAUCUGGGCCCAGACGGGUGGCAAGAUCGACGCCCUCGUCGCUGGCGCCGGCACGGGAGGUACCAUCUCCGGCAUCGCCCGCGGCCUGAAGAAGCACAACAAGGACAUCAAGAUCGUCGCUGCCGACCCUCACGGCAGCAUCCUCGCUCUGCCCGAGGCCCUGAACAAGGAGCACGAGAACGAGUCGUACAAGGUCGAGGGUAUCGGCUACGACUUCAUCCCGGACGUCCUCGAUCGCCAGCUCGUCGACAAGUGGUACAAGACCGAGGACCGCGAGUCCUUCCAGCUCGCCAGGCGCCUCAUCGCCGAGGAGGGCCUCCUCGUCGGCGGCAGCUCCGGCUCCGCCAUGGCCGCCAUGGUUCGCGCCGUAAAGGACCUCGGCCUCGGCAAGGGCCAUACCGUCGUCGUCGUCCUCCCCGACAGCAUCCGCUCCUACCUCUCAAAGUUCGCCGAUGACGACUGGCUCGCCGCAAACGACCUCCUCCCCGAGGUCAACGGCCUCGAGACCCAGGCUACCGCCAACGGUGCCAACAACAACGCCAAGGGCUCCGUCGACCCUUACGAGGGCGCCACCGUCCGCGCCCUCCGCUUGAAGCCCGUCAUGUCCGUCCCCGCGACGAGCCCCUGCUCCGAGGCGUCCGAGAUCAUGCGCGACAAGGGCUUCGACCAGCUCCCCGUCCUGUCCGCGAACGGCCACAAGCUCGUCGGCCUCGUCACCCUCGGCAACCUGCUCAGCUACAUCUCCUCGGGCCGCGCCACUGGCUCCAGCCCCGUCAGCGACGUCAUGUUUGACUUUGGCCGCUUCGAUGAGGUCGUUACGGAUCCCAGACAGGCCGGCGAGACCGGUGAGAAGAGCAAGAAGAAGCGCAGCUUUGUCGAGAUCACGCUCGAUACCCCUCUGUCGGUCCUCAGCAAGUUCCUCGAGUGGAACAGCGCCGCUGUAGUCACUGAGAAGGCCGAGGGCACCAAGAACCUGUCCAAGCCCGUGGCUGUCGUCACAAAGGUCGACUUGCUCACCUGGGUUGUCAACAAGAAGGCCUAA